UCUGCCACGUCCACAUCCGGACAGGGGUUGGGCUAUGAAUUAUGUAACAUUGCGUUCAUAACAAAGUGGGAAUUUACCACCAUAGAGUUAGCUAGAGAACUAUAGAUGGGGAAAAACUGUUUUGACAUGGACAUUGCUAUUUAGGGAUUCACCAUUUUAAAGUAGCGAACUGGGUGGGCCUUUCCUUGGGUGAAGGAAGGAUCAUAUGAUUCCAUCUGGGUCAUCAGGAGGGAUCAGACAAUUAAUUAUACUUGUUGUCAUUCCUUCCUUUCUGCAGAUCCAGCACCAGCACCAAUCCAGAUCCCGGGUUCCAGUACCAGUCCCAGCACCAGCACCAAUCCAGAUCCCGGGUUCCAGUACCACUCCCAGCACCAGCACCAAUCCAGAUCCCGGGUUCCAGUCCCAGCACCAGCACCAAUCCAGAUCCCGGGUUCCAGUACCAGUCCCAGCACCAAUCCAGAUCCCGGGUUCCAGUCCCAGCACCAAUCCAGAUCCCGGGUUCCAGUACCAGUCCCAGCACCAGCACCAAUCCAGAUCCCGGGUUCCAGUACCAGUCCCAGUCCCAGCACCAAUCCAGAUCCCGGGUUCCAGUACCAGUACCAGUCCCAGUCCCAGCACCAGACGAGGCACAGAGGAGGGAGCAGACCACAGACCCAGAUCACGACCCAGAACCUGCAGCAGCCCCAGUUCGCGGUUUCUGUUUUUUCCCAGUCCCGGCCACAGCACCAACACCAACACGGUUCCCAGUUUCCAGCCCAGACACCAACUGUUCUUCACCUCCAAUAAAAGGACACAGACAGACCGGCAGCCACUCCACCAGACCAACCACCAGACCAACCACCAGACCAACCACCAGACCAACCACUCAAGAAAAAACUUCAAAACUCAAACAGGUGAAAUCUCCUUUCCAACAAACAAUCAAAUGAAGACGGACUGACGGAUUGUAAUAGUUUGAAUUUUGGUUAAACAUUUUUUUUUCCUUUUGUAAAUUAGGAUUUUUUUCUUUUCAUUUAAUAACUGAUUGAUUUAUUAACUUAGCAUUUAUUGAAUUGAUUGAAUAUCUUGUUUUAAACUUUUAAACUUGAAUACCAUUUGAAUUAUGUAUGACUUAUGCAUAACCAAAUAAACAAC